AUGUACAAAGCAGUGCUGGGAACGAAUCAAAGCUACCCAAGCACUUUUUUAGUGCAAGGACUGCCACCACUACAAAUUAGAACUGGCAGGGAAGGUUAUUUCGACGGCUUUAUUGCAUCAGCAUCGAGUGUAGGAGAAAUGUGGUUAACUCCUUCUUUUGAGGAAAGAAACGCAAUUAUUAUAGCAACAAGAUUAUUUCAACAUCAACCAUUGAAAUCAAUCCAGAGAGGUACUUUGGCUGUCGUUCGACUCCAAUAUGGGAAUACGUCAAAGACAUGGACUCGCGUGCUGGUUGAGAGCAGACCAGAUCCAGCUCACGCACAGGUAUAUCUUCUUGACUAUGGUGCGCGACAAUUGGUGAACGCAAGAAGUUUGUGCGAAAUGCCAAUAGAAAUGAAACGAUUUCCGCCACAAGCGUUCCCUAUUAUUCCAAAAAUAUCCGCUCCGCCCGAUCUUGGACCAGGCGAAUGGGAGAAGUUGAAUAAUGUUCGAAUAACUGUUCGAAUAAAAGCUGCAAAAGAUGGUAAGUUUAUUUGUGAUCAACUAACUGUGUUCGAUGCUAUUACCCACACGGAUCUUGACCUUGGAGCAGCGCUACGAAGUGGUAUUGAUUUGGAACGUUCAAAAACAAACAUCACAUCGUUGCCGAUAGAUGACAAAAAUUUUUUACUUGGUCCACAACCACGACUAAAUUCACUCAAAGAACAUACUGCUAUAGCUUUGAAGUCAGAACAACGCGAUUUUUCUGUUCUCCUCGUUUGUGUAUUCGGUAUUUUGAUGGCAGUGGCAUCAAUUAUGAUAGUUGUUGGAUUCACGUACAAGCGUAUUCAAGUUGAUCGUGAUCGUCGACGUCGGCGUCGCGCAGCGGGUGGAGACAAUUCCAUGCCUCGCGAUGAUGCAAACUUACCACCAUGGGGAAGAGUUGAUGAACAAAAUAUGCAACAUCCUUCGGAAAUUCCAAAUCCAACACCUAAAGAACCAGGAAAAGCUGUGGACGACUGUUUGGGAACUUCAACGAAACCUUCAGAUGAGAAUAAGGGUGUCACUAUUUUACCUAUUUCACCGAGGGCAAUAGCAGCAAUCGCUGCUUUGAUGGGUUCAUCAUCGGCUAUUGUCGACAAGCAGCUCUCAAGGACAAUCGCAAUUGGUACAGGAAAAGAAAACAGUAUUCAAAACACUUCAUACACAGCGCAUGCACGCCUUGAAGCAGGUACCAGCAAGAUAUCUCCGAUAAGAGGUUCCUCUUCUGGUGCACUGGCAGGAUUUGUGACAAGCACACCUAUUGAAACAUCCAGUCAACUAUCAUUUGGACGAAGUUCAGCAUCGAAGGAACAAUCAUCCCGAAAAUCCUCUUCAUUAGAAAAUGAAUAUAUCCAAGCAAUAACACCACAUGAUGUGCAACGAGUUUUAAACGAACGGGCAAUAACUCGUCUUCGGUGCAAAGCUGAGCUGAACACCACUUCGCUUUCCAGUUUCAUCAGUGCCAUGAGCUCCAAUGAACAAUUAUAA